UUUCAUUAAACCGGAAUUCUAAUAUCCACGUUGCCAACUCGAGAAUUAUAAAUAGAAGGACGCCAUUAUUCUUUGUCACAAACACAGAAAUUUUAAGAACAAUGGCAUUACCAAAUUUCCGCAGUAUUCAACAGACACCGCCUCCCCCGGCAUCUCGUUCAAGGGGAUAUGACAGAAAUGCACCAAGCCCAUUUGUUCCUUCCUCGCAUGGUCACCCUGCAUUUAACCCUGUCAAAGUCAGUUCUCGGGGUGGAGUAAGUAAUCACUUUCAGGGAGAUACAAGGGGUCCCAAGCAGCCCAAACCCCCAGACAAGCCUUUGAUGCCCUACAUGAGAUAUAGCAGAAGGGUAUGGGACUCUGUGAAAGCACAACAUCCAGAUCUCAAGUUAUGGGAGAUUGGAAAAAUCAUCGGCCAAAUGUGGCGAGACCUGUCUGAUCAAGACAAGCAGGAAUACAUGGACGAGUAUGAAAUGGAGAAGAGCCACUACAAUGAUGAAAUGAAGAAAUAUCACAACUCAUCAGCCUACCAGUCCUGGGUAGCUGCCAAAGGCAAAGCUGCAGCAGAGGCUGCCUUAGAGGAAGAUGAGAAAGAGAAGAAUGCCCAAAGAACUCCUCGCAGUGCUGGGUCCUCCAAAAGCUCAAAGAUGGACUCUGUUGGAAGAAUCAGCAUACAACAAGCAGAUGAUGAUGAUGACGGAGAUGACAGUUUUUCUGUGAAACACAUGGCACACUCGAGAUAUCUACGCAAUCAUAGACUCAUCAAUGAUAUCUUCAGUGACACAGUGGUUCCAGAUAUCAGGACCGUUGUAACAACGUCUAGAAUGGGGGUGCUAAAACGUCAGGUCCAGUCCCUAACCAUGCAUCAGAAAAAGUUAGAAGCUGAACUUCAGACGAUAGAAGAAAAGCAUGAAGCCAAGAAAAGAAAAUUCCAGGAGGCCAGCGAUUCAUUCCAUGAAGAACUCAAAAAUCUCUGUGAAAACAAGCCACAGGUGACUGAAGAACAAUUUAAUGCCAUGGUUGUUAAAGCAAAGGAAGAUCUGAAAGUGCGUCACCAGCAGUAUCUACAGCAACAAGAGGAAGAGAGGAAGAAGCAGGCAGAGCUUGCUGAACAAAGAAAGAAGGAGGAGGAAGAGAGGGAGAGGAUUGAAGCAGAGGAGAGAGAACGCCUGGCCCAGGAGGCCAAGGAACAGGGACUCAGUGUGGAUCAUAAUCAGAAUGCACAAGGUGGACCAACAGUGCUUCAGAAUAUACUGACAGAUGGAUCUGUACCUGAGACCCUGACAAAUCCUGAGGAUGAAGUGGAAGGAGAUCUACCAGAUAAUGCUGAUGCCGAGUCCAUGGAUUCAGAAAAAACUGAAGAUAUGUCACAGGAUGGCAUGCUGGGAAUGGAGGGUUUUGAGAAAGAGGGUGAGGACCCCCUAUACUCCCCCUCCCCUGACUCCCCCACCACCUCCCCAGACAUGCUUGCCCACGACAAGUCAAUGGACCCAAUGGACAGCCCAGAAUCUCAGGAAGACGCCACGCCCAAAAAGAAGAAAAAGAAGAACAGGUCAAAGAAAGAGGAUAAGGAUAAGAAGGAGAGAGGAGAGGAAUCAGCCAGUGAGGAGGGUCCGCGUAAAUACCCCUGCGAUAUUUGUGGGAAAGCUUUUAAACACAAGCACCAUAUGACUGAACAUAAGCGCCUGCAUACCGGCGAAAAACCUUAUUCUUGUACCCGCUGUGGAAAGCGAUUCUCCCACUCGGGUUCCUACAGUCAACAUAUGAACCAUCGCCUUUGUAAACCCAGUGCAAGUACGAACGAAGGGAAGAAGGACCCGGAUAAUCCUCCAUCAGUAGAAGAAGAAGACUCCAUGGAUUCAUCCAUUGACGAGCGAACGGAAGAGGCGACAGGAAAAGGAGAUAAAUAGAGUGUUUCCAGUAUUGGACUUAUAUGUAGGCGUGUGCCUGCAGGACGUUGUACCAUUAUAUGUAGUGACAACUGUUGUUCUAUAUUUGAUUGACAAGGUGCUGUUCUUUGAGAACAUUUUCGAAAUUGUUCGCUUUGGAAAAAUUAGGGAUAAAAUAAUUAUAGAUUGGUUGCAAUUGUGUGUUAAAUGUUGAGGCCACUGAGUUAAAGGACAAAAAAGGUGAGAACGUUGUGUAAUAUACAUGUACAUGUAUGUCUUGUGGGAAACAAAUGUUUCUAAUAAAAAUACAUUAUAAUGAUAUAAUUAUAUAA